CACACACUUUCCAUAAUUCCAUCUUUGCCAAUCUGAUUCUUACCAUAUUUUUCAAACCCAUCAACAACAACAACAACACAUUAAACAUGAAUGAUCUUAUGACAAAAUCAUUCACCAGCUACGUCGAUUUAAAGAAAUCGACAAUGAAAGACAUCGAUUUAGAAGCCGGUGACCUCGAGAUGCAUCACCCAGAUCAAAACCUCACUUCUUUUCUCCAAGAAGCCGAGCUCGUAAAACAAGAAAUGAACUCGAUUCGCGAUACUUUAACCCGACUCGAAUCCGCUAACCAAGAAUCCAAAUCCCUUCACAACCCAGAAUCUUUAAAAUCAAACAGAAGAAAAAUCAAUGGGGAAAUCAUGAAUGUUUUGAAAAAGGCGAAAACUAUAAAAUCAAGACUUGAAGAAAUGGACAGGGCGAAUGCGGAAAGUAGACGCCUUUCGGGUUGUAAAAUGGGGACACCCAUUGACCGUACAAGGACUGCGGUGGCGAAUGGGUUGAGAAAGAAGCUUAAGGAGCUGAUGAUGGAUUUUCAGGUUUUGAGACAGAGGAUGAUGACGGAGUAUAAGGAGACGGUCGGCCGGAGGUAUUUUACGGUCACCGGAGAAGAAGCUAAUGAGGAAGUUAUUGAAAAGAUUAUCUCAAGUGGAAGUGAUGGUCAAGGUGGUGAAGAAUUCUUGUCUAGAGCUAUUCAGGAGCAUGGAAGGGGAAAGGUAUUGGAAACAGUAGUGGAAAUACAAGACCGCCACGACGCAGCCAAGGAGAUAGAGACGAGUCUAUUGGAGCUCCACCAAGUGUUCUUAGACAUGGCGGUGAUGGUGGAGGCUCAAGGCGAAAAAAUGGACAACAUCGAGGAUCAUGUGAUGAAUGCAGCUCACUAUGUCAAUGCCGGGACUAAAAAUCUGAAAACCGCAAAAGGGUAUCAAAGGAGCAGCAGAAAGUGUAUGUGUAUUGGGAUCAUACUUCUUCUGAUAAUCAUUCUAGUGAUUGUCAUCCCAAUUGUCACUAGCAUUAGCAAAUCUUGAUGAGCUGAGGUUUGGUUGUGUGAAAUAGUACUAAGUAAGGCUACAUAUAUGUGUCCUGAAUAUUGAUUCUGAUUCUUUUAUUUUGUAAUUGUAAUGUAAUGUGUGUGCAUCUUUCUUUCUAUUGAAAGUCAGAUCUAUUGAUUAAUUCAAGUUACUAUCA